AUGGCAGAAGAAGAGGAGUUCGGGAGUUCGGGAGAGGAGCAGGCGGAGGAGGGAGAGGAGCAGGCGGAGGAGGGAGAGGAGCAGGCCGAGGAGGGAGAGGAGCAGGCCGAGGAGGGAGAGGAGCAGGCCGAGGAGGGAGAGGAGCAGGCCGAGGAGGGAGAGGAGCAGGCAGAGGAGGGAGAGGAGCAGGCCGAGGAGGGAGAGGAGCAGGCCGAGGAGGGAGAGGAGCAGGCCGAGGAGGGAGCGGAGCAGGCCGAGGAGGGAGCGGAGCAGGCCGAGGAGGGAGAGGAGCUGGCCGAGGAGGGAGAGGAGCAGGCCGAGGUGGGAGAGGAGCAGGCGGAGGUGGGAGAGGAGCAGGCCGAGGUGGGAGAGGAGGAGGCGGAGGUGGGAGAGGAGCAGGCGGAGGUGGGAGAGGAGCAGGCGGAGGAGGGAGAGGAGCAGGCCGAGGUGGGAGAGGAGCAGGCCGAGGUGGGAGAGGAGCAGGCCGAGGUGGGAGAGGAGCAGGCCGAGGUGGGAGAGGAGCAGGCGGAGGUGGGAGAGGAGCAGGCCGAGGUGGGAGAGGAGGAGGCGGAGGUGGGAGAGGAGCAGGCGGAGGUGGGAGAGGAGCAGGCGGAGGUGGGAGAGGAGCAGGCGGAGGAGGGAGAGGAGCAGGCCGAGGAGGGAGAGGAGUAG